AGUUCAAGGUAGACUGCUGUUGGCUACUACGCACCUGUAACAUUUUAUAAUUUCAAAGCUGGUGGCUGUGGUGCCCAGUGCUGAAACUGUCUCCUUAACGCAGCAAAAAUGGGAGAGUGGGGAUUCCUGUCAAAACUUCUGGACAAAGUGCAGUCGCACUCUACGGUCAUCGGAAAAGUUUGGAUGACUGUGCUGUUUGUGUUCAGGAUCAUGAUUCUAGGAGCUGGGGCAGAGAAGGUGUGGGGCGACGAGCAGUCUAGCAUGGUGUGCAAUACCAAACAGCCUGGCUGUAAGAAUGUGUGCUAUGACCAUGCCUUCCCCAUUUCACACAUCCGCUUCUGGGUGCUUCAGAUCAUCUUUGUCUCCUCUCCAACUUUGGUGUACCUGGGACAUGUCAUGCACGUCAUUCACAAGGAGAACAAAAUGAGGCUAUGGCUAAAUCAGGCUGGCAGUGGGGUGGGGAAAAUGCCUAAAUAUUCUGAUGACAAGGGUCAUGUCAAAAUCAAAGGUGACUUGCUGGCCAGUUACAUGGUCAAUAUAUUUUUCAGGAUUUUGCUGGAGUCAGCGUUCAUAGUGGGUCAGUAUUAUUUGUAUGGGUUCGUGCUGGAGCCAAAGAUCGUAUGCAGCAGAGCUCCCUGUCCGUUUACCGUAGAAUGCUUCAUGUCACGGCCAACGGAGAAGACCAUCUUCAUCAUCUUCAUGCUGGUGGUGGGAUGCGUAUCUCUGCUGUUGAAUGUGGUGGAGAUAUUCUAUCUGAUCUGCUCCAAGUGUUGUUCUCGCUCCAGAAGAGUCAAAGCCACUCCAGCUUUCACAAUACAGAGCGGUCUGAAUGGAAGCAGUAUGAUGCAGAAUGAGAAGAUGAACCUUCAUGCAUCUGGUUCCAGCAAAGCCUGAAGACAGUGAUUACCACUCGCCAGUCCCUAACUCUAUGGACAUUUCUGUGGCCAAUUUGGACAGGGGUAGAAUUCCCUCUGGGACGGUUCUGAGAUACAGUAAUUUAGGAUCGAAUGAUUAUUGUUAGGCUCUGUUUGAUUCUAUACAAUACAGUAGAAGUUACAAUUUUGAGCAAGAAUCUUAUUUUUUUUGUAAAUCAACUAAUAAUGUUGUAAUUGUAAUCGCCCCAUACAUCUAUAAGCCCUCAUGGCAUACAGACACACCCAAAGUGCGAUGCCUUGCACUUUGGGAACCACUCAGAAGGUGUAACAUUUACACACAUGACUUGGGCUGUAGUUUACUGUCCUCUGGUAAGUCAGCGUGUUUUAAUUGUUCAUGGUGUGCACUGGGAGGAAAUGAAAUACUCGAUGCCUGGCUCCUCUACUGAGUUGUCCCUAGUUCCCUGUCUUUCUUGGGAGAUUUUCCUAGCUAUUGUACUUCUGCAUCUGCAUAUGUUGCUCUUCUGGGUUUUUGCUGGAUAUCUAUAGCCAGUAGGCUUUUAUGGAGCUGAUGUGAAAAAUGGCUUUAUAAGAUCAAUGUGAUUUAAUAGAUAUACUAUGCAACCUAAUUUUCAGUAGUAUUGUCUUUUUACAGGGAUGUUCCUAGGGUAUUUCUGUGGUUAUGUACGCAUUUUGAUUCAUUCCUCAUACACUUUUUCAUCCCAUUUCUCUCCCCAAUUGCUUUGACAUCCACUUCAUGAUUAAGGCUCUGCAUCAUUGCCAAAACUCCCAGUGGACUCAGGGCAGUCGAUGUUGAAACAUGUCCAUUGGUUCUUAUGACGCUGACCGUUCAAUCAGGAAGUCUAGACUGUAAUAAUGUUCUCGCUGGAUUGAGGUAGAAAGGAGUUG